GUUUUUCUAGAUAUCGCGCACGCUAUGUUAGACGACGAAGUUCUUACUCCAGACCAGUUACUAUAUGAGGUUAACAAUCUCAUGGAUAGUCGAGAAUAUGAAGAAGCAUACAGCCUUGUUCUCAAAUGCUUAUCUGAUUCUCAAUUUCAGAUACCUAAUGUGUAUUCGGUGCUCUCUCGACUUUGUUUAAAUAUAGCUGAUAUAUAUUCAAGAGCGGAUAAAGAGAAAUAUGAAUUCUACAUUAAUACCGGCUACCGAUUUGCGAAAACUGGCUGUUCAUUGAAUGAGAACCAUCCAGGUUGUGUUAAGUACGUAGCACUUUUCUUCGAACGGAAACUGUGGCUUAAAGGUACGAAAAGAUGGAUUGAGAAGUCAUUUGAUUUGAAACAACAGUUACUGAAAUCACUAUCUUUCGACCAAAAUGACCCCAUCAUCUUGCAUAAAAUUGGGUUAUGGUGCUUUGAAGUUACUGGCUGGACGUGGGUACAGAAGAAAUUCGCCUAUGCACUGUUCAAAGAACCUCCACGGUCAUCUUACCAAGAAGCACUCAAAUACUUCUUGAGUGCUGAAGGAAACUAAAGCAGUAAGCCAGAAUUAAAGUUAAACUGUAAAACAAGCAGUUCCAUUUUGGAAAAAGUUAAAAUUACGGAGCUGACGAUAUUACUCCGUCGCAGUGGCUAAAUGGUCAAUGAGCUUACUCUGUAACCUAAAGGUCUGGGGUUCCAUCCUCGAUGGAGUGUGUGUACUGCUGGGGAGUCCCGAACCUGGACAAAAAAGAUGUCACUUACUCCCUGGUUUCCAAUGGCGUUCUAACCGAUAUCAAUCCGCGAUUUAACUUGAAGCCAGUCAAAUGCAUUCAAAUGAUCAUCCGGAUAUUUUUAUUUGGGUUAUCUCAGGCUGAAAUAUGUAAGUCACUUAGGGUUGAUCUUAUCUUCAAAUGAAUGACACUUCCAACUUUCCUGGAAAGACAUCGUACUUCUGGUUAAAGGUUUAGUUUUAUAUACCAGAAGUAUAAGCUCAAACUUUGUCUUUUCUGAAGUUAUGACUUAGGAUAAACCGAGUAAUCCGGAUGAAACGAUACCCUUUUACGAUGACUUUGAUUGGUAAAGUUCAGAUUCGCACUUUCUGUCGCCAUCCAAUAUAUCAGUCAAACUUCGUUCAUCAUCUGUAUAUUGAAGGCAGGUAACCUUAAUACCAGGAGUUAUUGCACGAAACCAGAAAUAAUGUCUCCAUCUUGUACACAUUAAUCGUUCCAAAUAGAUUUAGGUAUCCAUGGUUUUGCAGCUUAAGCCAAGUUUGCCGUUUCCAUUGAUUUUGUGUCUAAUUUUUCAGUAUGUUUACACAUACAUGCUGCCUUUUCGCAUCUUAUUGUUCUUAUGCUGCAUGAAGGCGUCAUAGUUUAACAGUCACCUGAAAAGCUUCCUUGAAGUUUCCAUGUGGUAUUUUGCGAAGAUAAAUGCGGAAGUAACAAGUAAUCGUUUAUAUAUUACUUAUUGCACAGUUAAAAACCCGAACAUUCGUUAAAUAAGUCAUACUGUAAGAAAGAAAUGUUUCAUAGGGCAAAAGAAUUCUCAAAUCAAACGGAGGAGAGCAGGAGAGAAAGAAAAAUCCGUUUUUAUGUGGUCAGCUGCUAAGGAAACAGCAAAUAAGUAGAUAUUAGCAGAAUAAAUGCAGAUAUUGUUAUGCUUAAAUAGCAAUGUGAACGAAACAGAAUAUUUCUUUAGAUUUACUACAGUAUGUAAUGUAUGAGAAAAUCAGUGAUACAGUGUAUUAUUAUUAUUAUUGUCAUUAACAUAGGUUCCCAGUGGAACAUAGAGCUACAACAUCACAUCUCCCUUUCAUCUUUUUCUCUGCAGACCCCUUUAGCUACCUCUACGAUUGCCCAUAGGCUCUCAUCUCCUCCCCACACAAUCUCCUCCAUACCACCCUCGGACACAGGUCCAGCUCAUCGUUUCCCAGUCGGGUUCCACUCGAGCGAUAGCC